GACGGGUCUAAUAAAGCUUUUAAGGCUGAGGAGACUCGGGCCAGAUUAUGAGCGCAGGUGUUGCAGCCCAGACUGCCGCGCAGUAUGUGAGACAACACGAUGGAGAGAUAACAAGGAAGUUAUUUCACUAACUCGUCGACGGCAGCAUUACUAGCUGAUGUAGAUGAUGACUGAGGUUGUUUCGACCAAAUCUCAGGAGGAGUAUGAAGACGACUUUGAGAAGGAUCUUGACUGGCUGAUCGGUGAGGAGGGCCACAGUGAAGAGCAGGGCUCUGACUAUGAGGACAUAGACGCGGAAAUAGAAAAAGAGCUGGGGGAAGAAAAGAAAUGGGAAGAAGGGGACAGAAACAAACACAGGGGCCAAAAACCAGAGCAUGUGGAAGAGGAGGAAGAGAGGUGGCCCCCUCCCAUGGAGCCAUUAGAGUGCGACAUUGACCAGGAGAGCCCGAGUAAAUCAUCACCUGCAGUACCACCUCCUCCUGAGACCGACGAGCAGACAGACGAGGAAAAGAAGUACAUCUUGGAGAAGAUCCAGCAGGCUAACAAGGAGCUACAGGAGCAGGAACCGCCAGAUACCACCAGACAGAGGCGGCUUCAUUUUAAAGAGACACUGGUGGACCUCGUGGUGCCCCCGCUCGAUUUUCAGGCACAUAACACCGAGGCUGAUGGAGGAGAAAGCGGCCGGGACGGAGCCAAGGCUGCGGAUGCAGACACCGAGGUAUCGGGGAAGAUGUCCCAGCUAAAACUUUCUCCGCGCAACGAAAGCAAGGGACUCAGAGGGCCCAGCAGCGAGGGGCCUCAGGAAGCUAAGGAGAGCAAAGUUCUCGUGGAAAAGGAUGGGAAGUUUGACCUCGUCAGCAUGAAGGAUGUGGAGAGCCAGAGCGUCCUCCCGCCUAUAGCAAACCAUUUAGGCAACAGUGCGCAGUCUUCGCCGCGUGUCCAUCAGCGGGUCAGGAAGACCUCCGGCUCAUCGUCCUCUUGGCCUCAGCUCCGCGUCGGCUCAGCCUCCUUCCACAUGGGUGUCGGUCAACUUCAAGCGCCGCGACCUCCGGCUCAGCCCAGGGUCAGGCCCAGUUCAGCCAGCCACAGCCAGAGAGCGGGCCAGAGCAGGAACAGCAAGAGGCGGGCGCAGUCCGCAGCAGGCGCGCCCUGCCAGGCCACCUACAGCCUCUCCCCGCAGCAGAAAGAGCUGCUGCAGAGGAUGCAGGAGAGGAAGGAGAGGCUCGCCAGAGAGGCAGAGCAGAGGAAACACGAGGAAGAGGAGCUUAAGAGACAGGAGAACGAGCAGGCCUUCAAGGCGUGGUUGAUGAAGAAAAGGGAGCAGCUUCAUGAGGAGAGAAGGAUCCAACGUGCCCAGGAGAUAGAGAGGAUGAAUACUAAAGUAGGCAGCACCAAUCUGCCAAACACUAAUCCACUGAGAGACUCCUGUGACCCGGGGGAGGCCUUCAGGUCGUGGCUUCAGAGGAAACAGGAGCAGCAGCAGAGAGAGAGGCAGCUGGUGGAGCUCAGGAAACUCGAGGAGGACACUAGUUACCUGCUGCACAGCCGCGAGGAGUGUGAACGUGCCUUCAAACUGUGGCUAAAGCGGAAACGGGCUGAGAAGCGAGCAGAGCAGCUGGCAGCCCGAGAGCACUCACGCAGGUUGGUGCUGGAGGAGCGGCGUGCGCGCCGUAUGAGGGACCUGAUGUACACCGUCAAUGAAACCAAGCCCUUCCGGUUCACAGAGCAGGUCCCCUACCACUUCUGAGCCGAACCAGCCCGACACACUCCAAUAUAGCUCCAGUUCAACCUUUAACUAAUGUUAUGAUUUGUUCCUAAAGUAUGUAUGAAAUAUAUUUCCUGCGUCUAUUCUGGGUUUUGUCGUGUUAUCUCUUUUUCUGUGCUAUGUCAAAAUAUGUCUUGAAAAAAAAGCAAACCACAGUGACCUCCUCUCAUAUAAACAGACCCGUGUUGAGUGAACUUGUUUUUUACUAUGAUUCAUAUUAACAGCUGCACAUUCAUUUCUGUGAGGAUCUUUAUACAAUACAGCUUCAUUGUUUCUCACUGUAUGCCUUUGAUCACAGUGUUUGAUUCGUAUCAUGUAGGCCGAGGACACGGGGUCAAAAACCUUACCUACUGGUUUAUUUCCAAAGAUGCAAUUUUGUUUUUGUUGGUUUAUCGUGUUGCAGAAAAUCUCAAAUAUGUUUAUGUUGUGUUUAAGCAAACCUGGAUGUUGCUGGACACUGAAAGGUUUUCAGAACUUUUUAAACCGUGUAAUAAGCUUUUAUAGUCAGUUACCGGACAAGUGUCUUAAAUAACAAUACAGUAAUAAUUCUUAGUAGACAUUUCAGGCUGAUCAUUGCUACGUCCCAUGGCUCAUUCCCAAGAAGACUUCUACUAAAUCAAGAGUAAAGGAUUAAACCUCUGUGAAUUCGUCAAAAAAAACUAAUAACAAGGCUUGUAACAAAUAAAUGUACCUUUACAAUUGUUGAAUUUUCUAUGUAGACUUAUAAUGUAACAAACCACACAGUUUAUGGCUAAUGGCCGACCACCGUGGGACUGAUUUACCGAUGACGUCUGCAUCGUUAAAACUACUCCACCCUUGAAAUGUCCGUAGACAUUCAGGCGAACUUGUUUUAAAUGGCGUCAUGUUUGUGUUAGACGGUUAUUACUAAAGAACCCUAAGUUUGUUUACGCUGAAGACUGUGUUGGUCAGUCGUGAACCUUUAUCAAUAAAAAUGCAACAACUUGAAACGUUAUUCGUUUUUAUGCUGUAUUACUUUUCUAACGGCUACUUACUCUGACCUGAUGCACUCAUUACAUGAGGUGUUAACGUGGUGACAAUAAAGAUUCUUGAUUCAAAUGC